ACUGUCCAAUAUAAAACGUCCCAAUUUCUCUGGAAAUUUGGUCUGUUUUAACAAGUCUUUCAUUUUAUCUUAUUUUUAGACGCCAAAGAAAGAACAUAAACUUUCCUCUUUCUCUAUUCACGUUUCCUUCAAUUUCCCUCAUUCUCAGGGUUUUAAUAUUCCAGCUCCACUUGGUUGUAUAGUGCAUUUCUAUCCAAGCAAGCUUUUUUAUUGGACUGUUUGAGAUGGCUGAGGAGGGUCACAAGGUUUCCUUGAACGUCUAUGACUUGAGCCAAGGUCUAGCUCGACAGUUGUCUACGACUUUUUUGGGAAAAGCUAUUGAAGGAAUAUGGCAUACAGGAGUGGUGGUCUAUGGUCAUGAAUAUUAUUUUGGAGGUGGUAUACAACAUGCUCCGGCUGGGACAACUCCAUAUGGGACACCUGUUAAAGUUGUAGACCUUGGUGUGACACACGUACCCAAGGAUGUCUUUGAAAUGUAUUUACAAGAGAUAAGCCCUCGGUAUACUGCAGAGGCAUAUAGUUUGCUUACCCACAACUGCAACAAUUUCACCAAUGAGGUCACUCAAUUUUUGGUCGGUGCAACCAUUCCAGACUAUAUUUUGAAUCUUCCUAAUGAGGUCAUGAACAGCCCAAUGGGCGCCCUUAUAAUGCCCAUGAUACAGCAACUGGAAUCAACCUUGAGGGCUAAUGCGGUCCCACAAGCACCUCAGUUCAGACCAUCUACUGUCGCUCCUGCUUCCCAGACGACACUUUCUGGUGGGAAGUCCUCUGGUAGCGGUGCUGAGCAAUCUAGAAAGGCAGAGAGCCAAGAUGAAGAGAAGAAGAAUGCUAAUGUGGCCCCUGCAGUCAAACCUGUGGCAGAGCAAGAGAAGACACCUGCUAAUACCGCUAUGAAAGAUCCUCUUGGCAACGCUAGGAGCAAGGUACAAGAGGAGAUUACCCGUGAAUUUGCUGCAAUCAUGGCAACUGGGACAUUGCGUGCAAGCGAGGCUGCUGCUUUAGCAACUAAGAAAGUUAUGCAACGAUAUGGGGACCUAACUGCUACUAUGAACUAAUGGCAAACAAGUUUUGUCUAUAGAGAAAUUCUUAAAACAUUUCAUCUCUGUUGGAAAAUUAAUAUCCAAUUGGAAUGGUAUGAGAUAGAUUUAUAGGGUGCUAAGUAGAAGGUAUCUUGAAUUGAUGAUUCCGAUUUAAGAUUGUUCCUUGAAAGAGAUACUCAUCUUGUACUCUUUUUGGACCUUAUUUUUAUUUUAUAAGAACCUUUUGUGACGACGA